CAAACCCAAGCCACUUCACGAGGCUGGCCGCCAGGUGCUCCGACGAGGCGCCUCCACGACCGCGGCGGAGCGCGUACGUGUCGCCCGGCGCCGCCCCCACGACAUUCACAACUCCAGCGGCGCCUCUGUAUAAAUAAACCGGAGACGGCGAGGUAAAACAAUGCAGCAGAUGUUACCGCUCCGGCGACCGUGAAGAACUCGGGCUCGAGCAAGAGCUGAUCGGCGACGACCAAUGGCGUCGUCCCUGCAGCAACUCAACGUCGGAGAAGAGGGGAGCGGCGGCGGCGAACAGGCGGCGCAGGCGCAGGCGGUGCGCGAGACGGGGAGAGGCAAGAGCCGCGCGUCGUCGGGGAGCCGCAAGGUGACGUACGGCUUCCACCUGGUGGAGGGCCGGAUGCCGCACGGCAUGGAGGACCGCCACGUGGCCGAGUUCCGGCAGCUCGACGACGGCAACGAGGUCGGCCUCUUCGCCGUCUUCGACGGCCACUCCGGCGCCGACGUCGCCACCUACCUCAGCGAGCACCUCUUCGACAACAUCCUCAACGAGCCGGACUUGGACUUCUGGACGGACCCGAUGGAGUCGAUCCGGCGCGCGUACCACCGGACGGACCAGAAGGUGCUCAAGAUGAAGAAGUCGGACGACGACGGCGGCGGCGGCGAGGGGAGGAAGGGCCGGCGGCAGCGCGGCGGGUCGACGGCGGUGACGGUGAUCCUGAUCAACGGCGAGACGCUGGUGGUGGCCAACGUGGGCGACUCCCGCGCCGUGCUGCGCGACGCCGCGGGCGCGGCCAGGCAGCUGUCCGUGGACCACGAGCCGCUCCGGGAGCGCAGCGCCGUCGAGAGCCGCGGCGGCUUCGUCACCGAGAUCCACGGAGACGUGCCCCGCGUGGACGCGCAGCUGGCCAUGUCGCGCGCGUUCGGGGACGGGGCGAUCAAGGAGCACAUCAGCUCGGACCCGGACGUGUGCAUCGAGGACGUCGGCGAGGGCGCGGAGCUCGUGGUCCUGGCCAGCGACGGGCUCUGGAAGGUGAUGUCGAACCAGGAGGCGGUGGACGAGGCCGGCAGGGAGGCCGCCGGGGACGCCCGCGAUGCGGCGGUCAGGCUCGUCGACGAGGCCGUGCGCCGGGGCAGCAAGGACGACAUCUCAUGCAUCGUCGUGCGCUUGCAUUAGGCUAGUCUUCAUGGGCACGAUCGAUGCACGUUAGCUUGGAUGGAUGGUAGGGUACUGCUGCCACUGCCACUAGCAUCGUGCAACUAGGCUAGACUAUUCCUUCCUUGUUCGAUGGUUUCCUGGGUUUGCAAUGUUUGAUUUUUUUUAUAUUUGA